AUGUCUAUUGCUAAAAAAAGGUUAGCACAAGAAAGAGCAGAAUGGAGAAAAGACCAUCCUGCUGGAUUCUCAGCAAAAUAUAGUCCCAUGAGUGAUGGUAAGGGACUAGAUAUUAUGAAAUGGAUAUGUAAAAUACCAGGGAAAAAGGGAGGUUUAUGGGAAGGUGGAGAAUUUCCAAUUACUAUGGAAUUUACUGAUGAUUAUCCAAGUAAACCACCUAAAUGCAAAUUUACUACAGUUUUAUUUCACCCAAAUAUUUAUCCAUCAGGAACUGUAUGUUUAUCAAUCUUAAAUGAGGAUGAAGAUUGGAAACCUUCAAUCACUAUUAAACAAAUUCUUUUGGGAAUACAAGAUUUGCUUGAUAACCCUAACCCCAAUUCUCCUGCACAAGCGGAACCAUUUUUAUUAUAUCAACAAGAUAGAGAUUCAUAUGAAAAAAAAGUAAAAAAACAAGCAAUGGAGUUUAGGCCAAAGGAUUAA